UUCCGCCGCCGCAGUCGUGCCCGCCCCACUGCUGUCUGGAGGGGGAGGAGCUGGAGCCCCGGGAGCAGCGGCUCUGGCGGUCGUGGCGGUCGGAGGUCCGAAAGCUCUGCUCUUCACCAGAGUGUGCGGGGGGUCGCGACUGGGUCUACACCUGACAGUCACUGGAAUGCUACUCCAGGCCUUAGAAGAAAGUGAAACUAAUUUUAAAGGCCCCUUAUUCUUUCUGUUACCUGCCUGCUGAAGUGAAAAUAAAUCUCCCUGCUCCUUUAUUCUGAACUGAUUUGACUUGCCCAUCUCCAAAGUGUGUUCAGGGAGCAGGAGCCUUUCCAAUCAAGCCCUAGCCGUGUUGGAAAUCCUCCUAAGUCAGAGCAAUGGGUCAGGAAUCUAGCAAGCCUAUAUGGCCCAAGCCAGCAGGAGGGUAUCAGUCCAACACAGACAGGAGGUAUGGAAGAAGGCAUGCUUGUGUCAGUUUCAGGCCUUCCACGAGCCAGCAGGAAAGGAUUUUCGGCCAGAGAAAGACGCCAUCUGAAGUCCCAAUGCACAGGUCAGCCCCCAGUCAAACCACCAAGAGGAGCCGAUCACCAUUUUCCACCACCCGUCGUAGUUGGGACGACAGCGAGAGCUCGGGAACCAGCCUGAAUGUUGAUAAUGAGGACUACUCCAGGUACCCGCCCAGAGAGUACAGGGCUUCAGGGAGCAGAAGAGGAAUGGCUUAUGGACAUGUUGACUGUUUUGGGGCAGAUGAUAGUGAGGAGGAGGGGGCUGGGCCUGUUGAGCGAGUGCCAGUGAGAGGGAAAACUGGCAAGUUUAAAGAUGAUAAGCUGUAUGACCCAGAGAAGGGGGCGAGGUCUUUGGCUGGGGUGCCCCCACGGUUCUCUAGUUUUAACCGUGAUGUGAGAGAUGAGCUUGACAAGUUAGACCCAGCCCCUGCAGCAAGACGCUCUGCUAACAGAGCUGAGUUCCUGCAGCCAAAUAGCAUGACCUCUCAGCCACCUUCUGCUGAAGGCAAGGUGGUGACAAAUGGCAACAGCCUGGAGAGGGAGAGACGGGAGCAGAAUUUACCUGUGCGUCCCAGCAGGGCUCCUGUGAGUAUUUGUGGUGGUGGGGAAAACACCCCAAAGAGUGCAGAGGAGCCGGUGGUGAGGCCCAAAAUCAGAAAUCUGGCCAGUCCCAACUGCGUGAAACCAAAAAUAUUUUUUGAUACUGAUGAUGACGAUGAUAUGCCACACAGUACUUCCAGGUGGAGGGAGACUGCCAGCGCUGAGGAAGGCCACUCGGAUGGCCUGGCAAGAAGAGGCAGAGGCGAGAGUUCAAGUGGCUACCCUGAGCCCAAGUACCCUGAAGACAAGAGGGAGGCCAGGAAUGACCAAGUGAAGCCAGAAAAGGUGCCCAGACGGCGACGAACCAUGGCUGACCCUGACUUCUGGACGUACAGCGAUGACUACUACAAAUACUUCGAAGAAGACUCUGACAGCGACAAAGAGUGGACUGCGGCUCUGCGUCGGAAGUAUCGAGGUCGGGAGCAAAAUAUGUCAUCCAGUGGCGAGAGCUGGGAGACUCUGCCGGGGAAAGAAGAGCAGGACACUGAGCAAGCCAGAGUGAAUGCCGGCGCCGGGGCCAGCCCCAGUGCUGGUGCCAGUGCUGGCAGCAGUGGCAGCAGUGAACUUGAAGAAGUUCGAGGGCCCUCUGUCCAGGAAGAGGAGCAGGCAUCCCCUGAAGAAGGAGAAGUUCCCUGGCUUCAGUACAAUGAGAAUGAGACCAGCAGUGAGGGAGAUAAUGAUUCAGGUCAGGAGUUUCUGCAGCCUGGCGUCUUCAUGCUGGAUGGCAACAACAACCUUGAAGAUGACUCCAGUGUCAGUGAAGACCUCGAAGUGGACUGGAGCCUUUUCGAUGGGUUUGCGGAUGGGUUGGGGGUGGCUGAAGCCAUUUCCUACGUGGAUCCUCAGUUCCUCACAUACAUGGCACUUGAAGAACGUCUGGCCCAGGCGAUGGAAACUGCCCUCGCACACUUGGAGUCUCUGGCGGUGGAUGUGGAGGUGGCCAAUCCACCAGCCAGCAAGGAGAGCAUCGAUGCUCUUCCUGAGAUCCUUGUCACCGAAGAUCACAGCGCAGUGGGGCAGGAGAUGUGUUGCCCCAUCUGUUGCAGUGAAUAUGUGAAGGGGGAGGUGGCAACAGAGCUGCCAUGCCACCACUAUUUCCACAAGCCCUGCGUGUCCAUCUGGCUUCAGAAAUCAGGCACCUGCCCCGUGUGCCGCUGCAUGUUCCCUCCCCCGCUUUAAGACCAAGGCUCUUUAUUCCUGGUCUGCUGAUUUUCCCCAUCUGAAAUCCACCAUACUGCAGGAGCCCUCUCCAAAUUAACCAUUGAAAUGAAACCAAUCAGUCGAUUAAUCUCCACCUGUCGAUUCCUUGUGAUUAUUUCCAAUGUGAAAAUGGUUGUGAGUGCAUUGAAAAAAAAAGUCAUCCUGUCUUUUAGAGGUUAGAAAGGGAAAACUAAACUUUCUAAAUGCUACUUGAGAUUGCAGUAAGAACAUACAUUUUCUAACCUGAACAGUGAAAUAAGUUGCAUUUGGUUUUUUUUUCAGUAGAAUAUGUUGCUGUUGAUUGUAACGUCAAGUUUAUCUGUUAAAUUUGUCCAAAAGGCAUCAUCAUUUCUGUUGCAUGUUAUGGGUUAAUGUUCCUGUAAUUGCAGUGCCGUAAAAGCUUAUUAAAGUUCUUUUGGUUUUACAUGGUAUAGUGGAAUUGUUUGGUUUCAUCUACAAUGGUGGCAUUAAGUGACUUUAUAAUUAAUCUCUUGCAUUUGCAUCCCAAAUAGGGGUUUUUUUGGUGUUUCUACUUGGAGAAAGACUUUAGUUUCACUGGAAAUGCUGGCUUCAACAACAGCAAAAAAGUAAGGCCAAUUAUUUCUAAAGGAACAAAGGUUGAGUAGAAAAUACUGUCAGUCUAUAAAAAGUAAAUAAACAGCAAGAAAGCAUAGUAAAAAUAAACAGUGGUGGUAGGAAUACGUCCAAACGGAGUGUAGGGGUGAAGGAGUUAAAAAUCUCCUUUUCAACAAUAGGAAGUCUCAGAGGGAGUGGGUAAAAAAAAUAAAGCUGUAUGCUAAUUCUAUACCUUAACACACUGUCACAAAAGGAAUAGAAAAUUAUAUGCCAGACAAGUGCUGUGAAAAACAGAGGUACCCACCCACACCAAGGGAGUAGGUUUGAAUGUUUGGCCUUUUGCUUCAGAUCUCUCUCUCUUUCCAAUAAAUAUACCUUUUCAGGCACAGGUGAAGUUCUUCCCCGUCAUAUUUACCUUCCUUCCUCCACAGAGGUAAGCACUACCCAGGAAAUGGUGUGUUUACUUCUUGUCUGUGUUUUUAGAUGUGUGUGAGUGUGUGUGUGUGUAUUAGUGUAUAUAUGUAUGUAUACAUGUGUAUUGUAUCUCCAUAACUGAUAUAGAAUGUUUAUGUUUUUUUAAAUGGACAUAAUUGCUAGAAUGUAUGUAUCAUUUUGCAACUUGAUUUUUUUCAUUCAACAUUGUUUUUGAGAUUUAGCCAUUGUGAUACAAACAUUUUUAAUUGCUGCAUACUAGAUUUUCCACUGUGGGAAUGGGUUCAUCCCAGUAUUUUGCAGCAGUGAACAUACUUAACUUUGUGUACAUGUAUGAGUUUCUCUAGGGGUAAAUGUACAGAGGUGAAAUUUGGGGGUCUUAGGGUUAGAGCAUCUUCAUUCUAACUAGAUAUUGCCAACCUGCUCUCCAAAGCGAUUGUACUAAUUGAUACUGCUACCAACAGUUUGAGAACUGUUUUUGGCUCCAACAGCUUGGAUACUGCUAAUGAUCAACCUCACAGGCAAUCAGUGAUGUGUAAAUUAAUACGACAAUGAAACUGAUUGUGUCUACCAGAAAGCAGUAGUUUUUCAUGGUGGUAAUAAUCUAGUGUGGGCUGGAAGGAGAAAAAAAUGGGAGCACUCGUGUGGGGGGUGUGAAUGUGAACGAAAGCAGCCUUUUUGGAGAGCAGUUUGAGGAGUAGCUAGCUAUCUUUCAAAAUGGAAAAUGGUGCGUGUCCCUGAGUGCAAAUUAGAUACGGUGGUAGUAUGGAAUUAGUGCUAUGCAACAGUUAUAAACUGUAUGGACUGCUAUGGAAAGAUCUCCAAAACAUGUUAAGUUAAAAAAAAAAAGCAGCAUAUUGUAGAGCAAUAUGUACAAUCUUGAUGUAAAAUAAAAUCUUGCAAAACUGAA